UUGGCUAUAUAAACAGAAAUCGUGGCCGACGUCUGGCAUUCAUUGUUUGCUCAUUGCAGGCAAAUCAACUCUUUCCCAGCAGGAAGGAAAAAGGAUAUCAAUAUAGACUUUUCAUUCACCAUUCAAUCGGGUUCCACCAGAGACUACGUGUGUGUGUGUGUGCCUCGUUUUUUAGUGACUGUGUGUACUCUACUGUUUAUCAAAGCAAAGUAAAAUUUAAAACCAAACAGCGACAAAUACAAACAAAGACAGUUGAGAUAAACAAAACAUCGCAAAACGUGCGCCAAAGCUAAAACAAAAAAAAAGAAGAAAAAGUUGAAGAAGAAGGGAAAAAUUUGACCAUAAAUUUUCCCAUUUCCUCACGUAGAACAAAAGAAAGCAGCAUCGACAUUUUUGCAAUAAACAAAAAGGCCGAAAUUCGCCAUGGAAGUGCAGAAUCUGCCCGAUCAGGCUCGGAUAUCGAGCAUCUUGCUCGACUCCAGAUGUGGGCUGAACGACUUAUAUCCGAUUGCCCGGCUGACACAGAAAAUGGAGGGAUCGCUUAAUGUGUCUGGGAAGGAUAAGGAUGCGGACUGCCCCUAUACCAUCGAACUGAUACGACCGGAGGAUGGUGAGGCUGUGAUAGCCAUGCUCAAGAAAUUUUUCUUCAAGGAUGAACCCCUGAACACCUUUCUCGAUCUCGGCGAGUGCAAAGAGCUGGAGAAAUACUCCCUGAAACCCCUCUCCGACAACUGCUCCUACAAGGCUGUGAACAAGAAGGGUGAAAUUAUUGGCAUAUUCCUCAAUGGCUUGAUGCGACGUCCGUCCCCCGACGACGUGGUCGAGAAGGCAGCCGAUUCGUGUGAGCAUCCCAAAUUCAAGAAGAUUCUGUCGCUAAUGGAUCAUGUUGAGGAGAAGUUCAACAUUUUCGAUAUAUAUCCCAACGAGGAGCUGAUUCUGGACGGCAAGAUCCUGUCGGUUGAUACAAACUACCGGGGUCUGGGCAUCGCCGGUCGCCUCACCGAGCGCGCUUACGAGUACAUGCGCGAGAACGGUAUUAAUGUCUAUCAUGUUCUCUGCUCCAGCCACUAUUCCGCCCGGGUAAUGGAAAAGCUGGGCUUCCACGAGGUGUUCAGCAUGCAGUUUGCGGACUACAAGCCACAUGGAGAGGUGGUCUUCAAACCGGCCCUUCCGCAUGUCGGCAUCCAGGUGAUGGCCAAGGAGCUGGGCGGUGCGAAGACGGCGCAAACGAAGCUCUAGAGAGCCUCGUGCUUCUUUGGAUUUUGUACUAUGUGAUUCUUUAGUUAGUAGUUCGGUGGCGGGUUCCAGGUAGUUCCAUGUCAAGUGUCUCCACUUUCAAUUCAAAGUAGUAGUAGCAUAAACAGCCAGUACAAGUUACGUAUUUAUCUAAUUUAA